GCUUCAUCCAUUCACAAACGCAGAGGCAAAGAAUGAGGGACAAACUCUGUCUGAGUCUGCUCCCUCCAGCCUCCCUCCCACUUUGCUUUACAAUAAUGCGGAGGGCGAUCUUCAUUUAGCGUAUCUUGUUGCUUUUUGAGAUGGCCUAGCCACCUCGUUCUUCGUUGAUGUUUUGCGAUUACGCUGGGACUCUCUUUCAAACACUUUACCUUCGUUUCUCUCGGCCGUUAAAUUCACGUCGCGUACAAACAGCAAUUUGCGCCUGGAUGACGGAGCCCCCAACUGCAUCCACGACCAUCAGAUUCGAGCCGCUCGCUUCAGUGUACGCCCCCAGGUAGACUGCAGUAGUCAGGUACCUACCUACCAGAACGCGCCGCUCGCGCAUUAGCGGGAAAAAAAGAUAAAAACAACAACAAUAACACCCGGAUUUCCUCCCGAUUGAAGAGUAGUAUAUCGGUUUUCAGAAACCGAUAUCAACAAGCUGCCCGUCAUGUUCUUCGAACAGGCCAAUUGCACGACGGUGCCAGAGAAUAUAGCGAGCAAUGCUGGAAUAAGUGGCAUUGGUGUCAUUCUCUCUUUCGUUAUCACAGCGCUACUAGCCAUUGGCAUGUCGUCUUCCUUGAUACUGCAGGAGUUUAUCGAAUGCAGACGAAAAGAUGCCCACUGCAAGCCGCACACGAUCCGCCGCAAGCUUCUCUCGUCCUAUUCGGAUCAGCAGAUCCUUCAGGGCAUUGGGCUGCAGUCGGUCGGCCUCGCCUUGACCGCCCGGUUGUCGCCGUACCACUUCUUCCUGAUCUGGAUGCUUUCGCUGCUCUCCAUGGCAGUACACAACACCACGCUGCUCGCGCUGGUCCACGACUUUCGCCGCGACUGGCUGCUCAGGUGGCUGCGUCAGUUCCUCAUGUUUGUGAACCUGAUUCUCAGCUCCGUCUACGGCGCAUACAUCCUGCGGCGCAUCAGCCACAACAUCGAACCGACGUUGCCCAUCGCCUGUGUCUGGGAUGCGGGGGCGCCCCUGGCAAAGUCGACGCCCGAAAACCCCAUCGCUAGCUACAUUGGCACGGGGGCCGUCAUAGUCGGCAACAUUGUUGUUUUUGCGCUGGCGACUUGGUACUUGCACAGCCGCGGCCAGCGCUUCUACAAGAUCGUCCAGGUGGUGGGCAGCGUUUUCAUGGCUGCCGUCGGCAUCGGCGCCAUUGUCCGCGUCAUUCUCAUAUCGCAGGCCUUUGGCGACCCGAACGUGCCCAUGGCCGACUCUGGGGAGAAGGAGUGGAGCUUCGGCCAGCUGCUGUCCGUCCUCCUGCUGAUCCUGCCCGUCAUAUCGAUCCUGGAGAUCUACAGGGGCGAGCUGAACGUUGCGCCGCCCGUGGACGACAGGUCGUAUCUGGAUCUGAGGAAGAGCAGUUCGGGAGUGGAGGAGGGGAAUGAAAUGCAGAGCAGCUCUUCCAAGUAAAUGGUGGAACAGCUUUGCGCUUCCAUGACCUUUCCCGACCGAGACCAGUUUUUUUUCGGGUUCGGGAUAUAUCUUUCCAAGAAUAUCAGGCCUGCAACAGUGUACGACGACAUUUCCUUCGAUACCCGUAAAAGCGAUUAUGAUUGUAUUUAUUUUUCUUUUUACGACCAAUUUGCAGCAAUCCAAGGGAUUUCAUUUUCAGAAAUUUACGUUCCUUGUUCAGCAUCAACUGGCCACACCUGUCUAUCUGUGUGUCGCCAGGUUUAUUUUUCUUGCACCGAUGAUACAAGGUCCCUCAGGAACACUUCCUCCAAAGGAGCUGUCUACGUUGGGGUCAACCUCCCGAUAUUUUAUCAACCAUUUCGACAAGAUAAAUUGGUAUCACUAGAAUCACUGAACUUUUGGCUAAAACCAUACAAAAUCAAACAGCUUAUAUCCGA